AUCAUUUGUCCGUACCAUUGACGAGACAUUUAUCAGUGCAGUGUCUUAAGAAUCAAUUAAUAUAUUCUAUGUUUAACUUGAAGUGAGUUGUGCUCUGCCUAAAAUAUUAUUGACUAGCGACCCGCCCUCGCUUCGCUUCGGAAGCUAUUAAAAAGGUAAAAAUAGUUUUAAUUUAAUCGGAACCACUCACAGCUCCGUUUAGGUAUUUUUAAUUAGCGAACUCCAAUUGCGUAUUGUGUAAAGUUUUUUUGCACGUACAACAUCCGAUAGAACUUCGCCUUAAAACUGUGAAGUGUUAUGAAAAACUAUUGCUUACUGUGUAUCAAUUAUUUGAAGAAGAACAAGAUGAAGACUCUCCGGCUGGUUUGCUUUCUGAUGCUGCUCUGUUAUGUCGUGGCGAAGAAGAAAACCGAAGACCAUAAAGUCAAAAUAGCGGUCUAUUACGAAUCCCUUUGUCCUGACAGCAAAAAGUUUAUAACGACGCAACUGGCUCCCGUCUGGAGGGACUUCAGAGGACUUGUCAAAGUCAAAAUGGUCCCGUAUGGGAAGAGCACGCACGACAAGGUGGAUGGGAAAUGGUCAUUCAUCUGCCACCACGGCGCUGACGAGUGCUACGGCAACAAGGUGCAAGCUUGCGUCCUGAAGGACCGCAACCUCCAGGACACGGAGAAGAUGGAGAUUGUAAUAUGCCUCAUGAACCAGACCAGCCCCGACAAGUCUUUGGACACGUGCUUAACUCAAGUAGACAAGAUGUCGGAGUCGGAUAAACUGAAAAGAUGCGCAUCCAGUGAACAAGGAGACAAUCUGCUCGCGUCGUACGGUGAUAAAACGGAUGCUGUGAUGAGACCUCUCGCGUUCGUGCCCACCGUUAUUAUUAACGAGAAAUACGACAAAGAUGUCGAAACUCAAGCCUUCGAGAACUUGAAGGCGGUUGUGUGCCGCGUUGCGACCCCGCAGCCGUCGAUCUGCUCGUAAAAUGAAUAGCAUUAAGGCUGAUUUUACACAUUCAACAUUUCUUCACGUACAAAACAAAACAGUGAUACGUAGAGAUUUUGUAUCAACAUAUCAAUAAAAUAUAUAAUUUUCUAA